UGAAAAUGACAAGUAGACUCCACGGCAAGAGUGCUUAUUUCCCCCCAAAAAAAGCACUAUGAUAUUCUAGUUCUAGUCUAGUAACUAAAUGGUACAUACAAUUUGUCUGUUGGAAGUUGAUUCGUUUCUUGACCUGAUGCAUUUCUACUGGUAGGAUCCAUUCUUUGAAAAAUAGGAAAAGAUACAUUAGAGAGGUGGAGUUUGUUGGGGUUAGGUGGAAAAUUUUGCUACAUGCUUUCCUGUAAUUUUUAUCCCUGAUAGGUCACUAUCCAUCAAUUUGAAUAAGGAUCAUUGUUGCAGUGUUGAGAAUUAUUGAGAGCUUUGGCGAUGUAUUCAUGGCAUGGCUACCAAUGUACAGUGAGGCAAAGUUGGCACUAAUCAUCUACUUAUGGUAUCCAAAAACAAAGGGUACAGGAUACAUAUAUGAUGCCUUGUUGAAGCCAUUUGUGUCAAAGCAUGAACCAGACAUUGACAGGGGUUUUCUAGAGUUCAGAGCCAGGGCAUUUGACUUGGCUAUUUACUACUGGCACAAUUGCACUGAAUUGGGGCAAGCAAAAUUCUUUCAGUUGCUUGAUUUUAUAGCUGCUCCCUCUAGAACAACUUCACAUUUCAGCUCUGAGCAAAGAAAUGGGACUGACCAUUCUCGCGGAGCGCCACCUCCUUCGGCCCCACCAGCACCACCGUCAUCAUUCUCCUUCAGCUUAUUCAGGAGGAACAAGCCGCCGUCAGACAGGAGGCAGCCACCACCAUCGCCACGGAAGCAGCCACCUCAAUCGCCGCCGUCUUACUACGCUCACCGGUCAACUUUUCAUCCUUCUAAACCGGAAACGGUCCAAGUGCACCCGGAGGAUCUUUCAUUCCUAGACACAGACUAUUUUGAACCCGGUUCGGACCAUGCUGCCCGGCCCAAAUAUAGCCGCAGAUAGUUUACUAGAAAUAGUAGUAAGUAAGAAAAUUGUACAUUGUAAAUAAACCAAAAAGAAAAAAAAGAAGUAAAACUCAGAUUUUAAAUAUUUUUUUAUUGAACGUUUUUCCUGCUC